AUGGGAUGCCUAUGUUCAGGAAAAACUGAAAUAAACUUUAAUGCAAAUAAUAAACCAAGAAGAAGAUCAUUUGACGUAUUUAAUGACUUUGACUCUGGUGCUUUAUCGCCAACUUCCAUAAAAUCAUUAACUUUUCAUCAAGUAUAUGAAUUGGAGCCUAACCCAAUAGGUGGAGGUCUUCAUGGGGAAAUCAGGAAAUGUAAACAUAGAAGAACUAACGAAGAAAGAGUUGUAAAAAUUAUACCGAAGGAAGGACAAGAAAGUGAUGUGAAUAAUUCUGUAUUAAAUCAAGUAAACACUCUCAAAUUCCUCGACCAUCCUAAUAUAUACUGCUUUUGGCUGAAUUUUUAUUUAAUUUUAUUUAAUUAUAAAAAAAAUAAAAAAUUGGUUCCUUCACACGACGACUAUUUCAUAACGACUAUUUUUUUUUUGCCUUUUUUUUUACCUAGCCUCAUUCAUGAAGCUGCUGAGAGGACUAGAACCUUAUUGAGAAACAGAGAAUUUCCUUUCGCGAUUAAUAUUGAAUAAAUUAAGUGAAAACUCCUAAUUAAAUCUAAAAUUUUCGAAAUUUUAAAAGCAAUGAAUUAGUAUUCAUGGAGUACGAAAUCUGUUAAGGGCGCAUUUUUUGUGGUUUAAAUCGUUUAAAACACAUUAAAAAUUAUAUUAAAACAAUUAGUAUGGAAUUAUGCCCAAAUAUUAGUAAAAAAUAGUUAAAAAUUGCCAAAAAAUCGGCCAAAAAAAUAGGUCAAAAAAAAUAGGCCAAAAAAAAAUAGGCCAAAAAAAAAUAGGCCAAAAAAAAAUAGGCCAAAAACAAAUAGGCCAAAAAAAAAUAGUCGUUAUGAAAUAGUCGUCGUGUGAAGAUACGUAAAAAAUUUAUUUAAAUUUGUAUAUUGAAAAUGAUUGAUUUUUUUGAAGGAAAAACUGAUUAUUUUUUAGUUUUGGAGUACUUAGAAGGAGGAGAUUUGUGUGACAAAAUCACAGGAGGAGCCAGAUUUUCAGAAAAGCAAGCGUGCUCUGCUAUGAAGCAGAUACUAUCAGGAGUUUGCUAUAUGCAUAGUAGGCGGCUAGUUCAUAGAGAUAUGAAGCCUGACAAUAUUUUGAUAGUAAACUUAGGGGGAAACGAAGAUUUUUGCUUAAAAAUUAUUGAUUUUGACUUAGUAGUAAGAUGUCCAAAAGGCUUAAGCCUUAAGGAGAUCGUGGGAACUGUCGAUUAUAUGGCUCCAGAAGUUUUCGAUGGGAAUUAUAACGAAAAAUGUGACUUAUGGAGCUGUGGAGUAAUUCUUUAUACCUUAUUAGACGGAACCUUACCAUUUAAUGGAAAAAAUACAACAUCACUUAUAAACAACAUUAAAAAAGGAAAAUUUAGCCUGGAUGGGCCAAACUGAGACGCAGUCUCAGAAGAAGCAAAAGAUUUAAUAAGAAAACUCCUCACUAAAGACCAAAAAAGGCGUAUAUCAGCCCACGAUGCCUUAUCCCACUCUUGGUUUCAAAAUUUUAUUAGUGAAACCAUCAAUAUCCCUUCAAUCCUCAGCAAGCUUCACAAUUAUAAAGCUUCUUCAAAGCUGAGAGAAGCUUUAAUUUCGUUUAUUUUAAACCAAGUUAUGCUUCAAAGCCAUUUUUCUGAGUUAGAAUUAGCGUUUCGGGCAAUGGAUAUAAAUGGUGACGGUGUUAUUUCACAAGCUGAAUUGUAUUAUUACUUGCAGAAAAUAAUGGAAGAUGAAGAAGCCAAGUCUCAAGCUGAAAUUAUAAUGAGUAAAGUUGACAGAGAUUCUAAUGGGGUUAUAGAUUAUUCUGAAUUUAUGAGAGCUACUUUGGAAACUAGGGCAAUAUUUUCAAGAGAAAAUAUAUUAUUAUGAUUAAUUUAAAUAGAUAUAGAGAAAUCCAAUAGUCAUAAUUAUUAAAAAAAUAUAGGAAUUGUUAGUUUUUUUGGAGACUUAAUAAAGCUAUUAUGGUGUAUUAUAAAGACUUUCAUUAUGUUUGACCAAGAAAACAAAGGAAUCAUAUCUUGUGAAGACUUAAUAAAACUAUUUUCAGAACAAAAUAGUAUGGAUAGAGAACUGCUUGAAGAAUUUCUGAGGGAGGUUGAUCCAGAAAAUAUUGGGAAGUUUGAAAUUAAAGAUUUCGAAGAAAUGUUGUUGUCUGACACGGAAUCACUGGGCAAAUUUGAUGAAAAUUUAGAAAUUUCAGACUCAACAACUAUAUAA